GUUUGAUGGCGCUCGAUUGUUGUGAAUAACAGUCGGACGAAAUGAAGCUGGAUGUUGUCGAUUAAUCUAUGUCACUGAUCUCUGAGCUGGUCGCUAAGGUGUCCGGAUGAAGGUGCAGUUUCUUAUACAUGAAUAUCUGAUAGAUUAUUGAACACAAUACAAGCAAGUAUGCCUGCAAGAGGAAGUAGAAAAGUAUCAUUGUCUCCUGCAAAAGAUACUUGUCUUAAGAGAAAGAUGAGAUCUUCAUCUGUGGAUGCAGCUUUACAGGGAAAAGGACGUAAACAAGUGAAGUGCGGAGCCAAGAAUACCACUGAUCAAAAGUCCAAAUCAUUGCUACAAGUGGCAUUACCUACUAAGAAACUUGAAAAAACAGCUCCUUCAAAAAAGAAAAAAACUGACAAAGUACAACAGAAUAAAAAUACACUGAAGAAAAAUGUGCGGGGUAAACCCAAAACACAGCCUACUCAGAAAAAACAAAAGAACACUGAUGUGGUGGUAAAGAAGAAAGGCUGCCCCAGGAAAACAGGACAUGGUGAAACCCAAGUGCCUAAAAAACAAGGUAGACUCAGAAAAAGUACUGUCUCAGUUGUGAAUCAGACAAAAGGGAAUAAUUCUAUUGUGAACCAGCCGAAACGGAAAGGACCAAAUUCAAAAUCAUCAGGGAAUGUUGGAACUAUUAAUAAACAUAAAGGGAAAUGCAAGGCAGUGUUUUCUACUCCGUUUCUCCCCUUUUUUGACGAUGACUUUGUUGCCAUUCCAAAACCAGCAGCUGAUCUAAACAUAGUAAACCCUUGUGAAGAUGCCGAUAAUAAUAAUGUAAUUGGUGAUAAUCGACCCAUACCUAGCUACCUUGAACCUGAUAAUUUUGAAAGUGGAAGUGAACUUGAUAUCUCCUUGGAUAGUGAUGAAGAUGACCUACCUGAUGUCUUACAUACGCCAGCUCAAAAUGCAACACGUUUUGAAAAAGAUGAACUGGUAUGGGUUAAGUUUUAUCGGCAUCCAUUUUGGCCAGCUAUAAUCAAAUCAGUCAGGAAAAACAAGGCUUCCAUUUGUUUCCUUGGUUACCCACUCACAAGGAGCAGUAAAGGAAUUACAGUAAACACAAGCAAACUUAAGCCAUUCAACUGUCCGAACCGAGAGGAGUUCAUAAACAAUGGGCCUCAACCAGACAGUAUAUAUUACCAAGUAUUUAAGGACUGCGUGCAGAAAGCAGAUGAUUAUUUCAGGAAGAGAGGUCUUGGUAGCGCUAUUAGUGUCAAGGAAUUCUUUAUGGAAGAUAUUACAAGAGUGCCAAUGGAUCUACCAUUUUUAAAUGAACUGCCAGGAACAUUGGUGGAAAACCAAUCAACUGAUGAGGAACUUAAAAAAGAUGAGGAAAGUAAAUCUUCCUGUGAGAACACACAACCUCGAAGAGGAACAGCGUUUUUGCGAAGAGUUCAGAAACUGAUUAAUUUUAUUACCAAAAGCAAGGAACUAGAGGAGAUGCUGAUUGGUGUAUAUCACGGUACAAUACCAAAUAGACGUCACCAUGUAUGGCAUAAAGGACCUCCCUCAGAGAGGAAAAAACUCAAGGACAAUGUAUUUGGGCCUGUCAUUGAAGAAUAUCAGCAAGAAGCUUUGAUUAAUCACUUUCAAAACCUCUAUAAGAAGUGCAUGGCAGAGGAUGACUCUUUUGUUAGCAUUGGAUAUAUCUUGGAAGUGUGGAUUCCUGAGGCUUUGAUAUUUGCAAUCCAAAAAGUAGAUCGUCUCAGCAAACUUGAAGCAAUUCAGAAAUUUAACAGCGAUUCGUCCAUUCCAAAGUAUCGAUACAGCAAAGAUGAAGUCCCUGUGUUAAUCAUGACGCAGGAAGAACGACAAGAAAACAUCAAGCGAGCAGCGCAUGCUUGUGGAUUUCCCGAAGACUUUUUGAUGACAAGUAGUGCAUAGCUGACAUUAUUCUUCAUAAAUUAUUUUUACCAAAGUCAUUAACAAUACAAGUAAAGUUGAGAUCCUGUUUUUCUGUUUAGUUGCAUCAUUGAAACUGCAGUUUAGUAUUGACUUUUGAUUCCACUGUAGCAAUUAUGCAUUGUCAAUGUUUCUUCUUCUUAUGCAUAGAAGAAAAAAAACAGAGUUGUCAAAGGCAAUUGUUGGGAAUUCUUCCCAGUCAUCGACUAUUAUUUAUUAUACAUUUGCUGAACUUGUAUGUCUGCUUUGCACCAUUCUUCUCAUCAUUUGAAGCAACAAUAUCAGGAAAGAUUCUAACUAUGCAACUCUAUUGUUACUGAGUAACAUUUUCACGGACCAUGCUUGACCCAUAAUCCUUUGCUGGAUAAUCAAGUUGGUUGACUACAUAAUAAUGAUGAAAAGUUGAAUAUCUAGAGAAUGGAGUGAAAAGUGAUAUAUAUAAAAAAAAAAAAUGUAAAUUGCAUUCUUCUACAUUUGUGGAGCCCCCUCAUCUUGGAGCAUUAUGUUGUUUUCCCGGUGUUCUCCAUUAAUGUUGAUUAUUUCAUCUAUGGUACAAUUCAGAUUCUAGGUUUACCCUGUAUCUCUGCAGUGGACAGUUACAAGGCAUCUGUAAUUUAGUGACAGGUUCAACCGUGGCCAGCAAUUGUUCUGUGUGUUAGUAUGGGGAUGCAUUAAAUGAUCUGCUUGGUAUAUGUAUGCUCACAAUUCAGUAAGGUAUUACCUGUCGGUGAUGCUGGAUCAUACAUACAUGCAUUCAGUGUUUUAUAAUUUCCUCUUAAUCCAACUGCAUUCUUUCAGUAAUUUAGUUUUGUUCCUGGAUUUGUCAACACUAACUUGAGAGAUUUUCCCCUGUUAGAUAUCAUUCUUAUAAAAAUGUUUCCAAAUUAUGAAACUGUUUGUUAUUGAGCAAAAUGUGGAUGCAUAUACCACAAUCUUAAUGAGUUAACUGUUCUAUUAUGUAUAUAUGCUGUCUAAGCUACUGGCAUAACCCAGCCUAAAAAAAAAAUUGAUAUUCAAUGAAUUAUAUUUCCAGCAUCAGUUAAAUAAUUUAAAAUUAAUUUAAAAUAGAUUUCUUUUGUCAAAAAUAACUUUACGUUGUCAAGAUUAUGGAAUAUAUGCAAAGACUUCCAGCUUAGAAUAUUUCAUCUUUACCUUCAAUGUUUGCAGUAUGUUUUUGUAUUUGACCCAUUUUUGUAGAAUUAUUUUUUUUUUUAUCACCCAGAAUUUACAAGACAGUUGAUAGACUAUUAUUUUUUUUUUGUAUGACACUUCAAGAGGCUGAUUAUGAAAAUACCUGUGUGGUGCUUGCCACAACAGGCAUGCAAAGUAUUAGGAACUGAAACUACAGCCGUGUGGCUUGUACUGAUGUCUAGAUGUUUGACACUGGCAGCAGUGUGUCGAAUGUUGAUAUGUACAAUAUCUUUUUAUUGGAUUAUUAGAGGAUUUUGUAUUAAUCAGCAUUUUAGAUCGCAUUUGGGGCAGGGAGAAAAUUUGACAUACUUUUUUUAUAAUGUAUUUGUGUACCCUAUGCAAUCUUAUUGAUAUUCUGAAUAUGUCAUUUAAAUUCACACAGUUAAGCUUUGCCUGUAUUGAAUUGCUUAAAAUUCCUUUCAUUUGUUAAUAUUAAUAAUAUAUCUGACAUUCCUUGACCAAUCAAAUGCAAAAUUUACACAUGAUGCCACAUACCUGUAUAUGCACACUUAAUGAUCCAAUUCAAAAUGGUUAAAUGGUAAUCAUUUUUGCCAUUCUUCCCCCAGAUCUUGGUCAGUCAUGGACGUGUAUUAUUUAUGGCCAUUAACUAGACCUGGAGUAUGUCAUUUUGUUUAACAGAUUCAAAAUGGCUGACUGGUAGACAGUUUUUUUUGAUUGAUUGCAAUCUUUAUAACUACAAUACACAUGUCACACAUAUUGACAUCCCUUUCGAGUUCUGAUUCACAAUGCUUGACUAGUUUUGUAUAUGUUACUUCAACAAUGGAGACUUCACUCAGUAUUUUGAGUGUGACAAAUG